AUGGGACUAUAUGAUUGGAAUAGAAAUAUUGAGUUUAUCUUGCGAAUUUGUGUGGCUACUGUGCAUGCUUGCUGUUGUUUUGGCAAUGUGAUCAUAGCAAGCUUCUUCCUUCCUUAUUUGAAAUACAAUGUGGCAGGAGGAUCAAAAUGUUGGGCUAAAUUACCUAGUCCUUCUAGAAGAUAUGCAUCCAAUCUAAUGUUAUUUAAAAGAUUUCCAAGGAAAGGGUUCUCCUAUGUUGCAUCAGGCACAACUGGGAGAACUGAAGGCAUUGGCAUUGUUCAAACAUCUGAAGGAGAAACAGCAAUGCCGUCAUACAAGUGGCCAGAUAAGCAGGUAUCGUGGACCACCUUUAAUGCCCCAUCUGAUGUUAUGUCUUUCACUUGGGCAGACAGGUUGGUUCUUGCUUUGGGAACUGAAGCUAAACUUGAUAUUUUUCCCGGUGCUGCAGAGUUUGCCUUGCCCUUCUCCACCUUGGAGGAUGCAUGUAAGGUUGACAACCAGUUAAGAAAAUUAGAGAGAGCGAAGUUUGGCAAAGAUUCAUCUCCAAUUCGUGUGGCUAUUGUUGGUUGUGGAUACAGUGGAGUUGAGUUGGCUGCCACACUAUCAGAGCGGCUGCAAGAUAAUGGAAUAGUUCAAGCUAUUAAUGUCAACACAACAAUCUGCCCAACAGCCCCACCUGGAAAUAGGGAAGCUGCACUUAAAGUUCUAUCAUCCAGGAAUGUUCAGCUAUUCUUGGGCUAUUUUGUCCACUGCAUAAGAAAAGCUGGCAAAUUUGAAGAUUCAGAGAAGCAGGCAGCAGUUGGAGGGGAUAAGGACAUUGGAGCAGAACAAGAUCAUAAUAAAGAUAGUGAUAAAUUUGUUCUAGAACUUCAACCAGCAGAAAAAGGUUUACAAAGUCAGGUUCUCGAGGCUAAUAUAGUUCUAUGGACAGUUGGAAAUAAACCUGUUGUUCCUCCACUAGAACCAUGUGAUCGGCCCCAUUUAUUCCCUAUUAGUGGAAGGGGCCAAGCAGAAACAGAUGAAACUCUGCGGGUCAAAGGGCACCCAUGUAUAUUUGCGGUUGGUGACUCUACUGCUUUAAGAGAUGCUUCUGGAAGGCUUCUUCCAGCCACUGCUCAGGUUGCUUUUCAGCAAGCAGACUAUGCUGGUUGGAAUAUUUGGGCAGCAAUCAAUGAGCGGCCUCUGUUACCAUUCAGGUUUGAAUGUUGA